AUGAUUGGGUUUGGGUCACGGGAGGUUGACCUAGAGAAGGCACCUCAGGUCGACAACUCCUACGAAAGCCGCAGCAAUGAGACCACCAAGGUCUAUGAUCAUAGCACCAAUGCUGUCCCUGGCGAAUCCUUCGAAUAUGGGAACUCGCUCUAUGCGAAGAUCCAGCGCCUCGCCGGUAAACUCAACGUCGAGCAGCGAGGCAUUGAGCGUGUGCCUCCGGAGGAGCAGACGGAUACGUCUUACUUCAACAUCGGCAGCAUGUGGCUGGCCGCAAACAUGGUCGUGAGCUCGUUCGCCAUUGGUGUGCUCGGCAAGUCCCUGUUCUACUUGGGCUUCGUUGAUGCCAUCCUCGUCUGUCUCUUCUUCAACUUACUGGGAGUCUUAACCGUGUGUUUCUUCUCCUGCUUCGGUCCCACCUUCGGUUUGCGCCAGAUGGUGCUCUCCCGUUUCUGGUUCGGAUGGUGGCCCGUCAAGUUCAUCGCUGUGCUGAAUGUCAUCGCCUGUGUUGGAUGGUCUGCGGCCAAUGCCAUUGUCGGUGCCCAGCUCCUCCACGCGGUCAACAGUGAUGUUCCUGGGUUCGCUGGUAUUCUUGUCAUCACCUUUACGACUCUCUUCAUCACCUUUGCCGGAUACAAGGUCGUUCACGCCUACGAGUACUGGAGCUGGAUCCCCACCUGCAUCGUCUUCUUCAUCGUACUUGGUUGCUUUGCCCACUCCGGCGAUUUCAUCAAUCUCCCCAUGGAUGUAGGAACCUCUGAGCUCGGUAAUGUCCUGUCGUUCGGUUCGACCACCUACGGUUUCGCAACUGGCUGGACCAGUUACGCCGCCGAUUACACCGUCUACCAGCCGGCUACCCGCAGUCGUCGCAAGGUGUUCGGCGUUACCUGGCUCGGUUUGAUCAUUCCCCUUCUCUUCACUGAGAUGCUGGGCAUCGCCAUCAUGACCGCUACGGACCUGAACGGCGGUGACAACAAAUAUGCCGCUGGUUACCAGGCCUCCGGUAAUGGUGGUCUGCUCAAUGCCGUCCUUGAGCCUCUUGGGGGAUUCGGCAAAUUCUGUCUGGUCGUCUUGGCUUUUCCUGAGUCGCUACACUCAACGCGUUCCCCGUUUCAUCUGGACUUUCCUCGGCGGCUGCGCUCCCUCGCCAUCGCCAUCCCCGGAUAUUCGGAUUUCGAGACCGUCCUAAACAAUUUCAUGAACUUCAUCGCGUACUGGCUAUCCAUCUACUCUGGAAUCGCCGUCGCCGACCACUUUGUUUUCAAGCGCGGUUUCCGCGGCUAUAACCCGGAGAUCUACGACCAGCGCCACAAGCUCCCCUCGGAAUUUCCGCGACUAUCGCAUUCUGCUUCGGUAUCGCCGCACGCCGGUGCUCUGCCCUACGGUGGUGAUGUUGGCCUCGAGCUCGGCUUUGCCUUUUCAUUUACCGUGUAUUGUGCCUUGAGACCGUUCGAGCUUCGUUAUUUCGGUCGGUAA